AUGGAGAUCAAGGAAUUCUCUUUCUCGGCGGAUUCCGUCCCCUUGGCAGUGAUUGUUGCUGCUAGGGUUUCAAAUUUCAGUCUCCCAGCUAAGUUUGGGAAACCUUCUUCCACUCCGACCUUCGUCUUUUCCAAUGGGAUGGAAUUACAUAACACAACCGUACUCCUUCGGUAUAUCGGUCGAGUUGUCAGCAGCAUGCCAAAUUUCUACAACCAUGACCUUUCUGUUUUAUGCUUUAUUUCGGUUUAA